AUGUCAAUACCAGUCACCAAAGAAAAGAAAAGAAGAUCAAGAGGAGGCUGUAUGAGCUGUAAAAAGCUUAAAAUAAAGUGUAACGAACAAAAGCCUAUUUGUGAAUACUGUCGAUACACCAAAAGAACAUGUGUUUAUCCCAUCUUGGAACGUUUGAAAGGCUACAGAAGAAAGACAAGUAGAUCACCACAAAAGAAUGCGGACGAAAAAGUACCAACAACGUAUUCAACCACAACUGCAAUUUCUCCAAUUUCAUUAACAUCAACAUCUAAUAAACUGAACAAUUUAUAUGUUUCAAAUAACGAAGCACCAGAUAUACAUCCCUAUAAUUACGAUAAAUUGUCGCGUGACUUGGUUUUGACCAAUUCAACUAGUAUGCUAGGUAUAACUAAAUUUGAAUUGCGUCUACUACAGUUUUUUGAUCAAGAGUGUAUCAACUUUUUUUCAUUUGGGGUUAACAAGAGUAUACACAACACUUGGAAAUACAAAGUUCCCUAUCUCUUUUUAGAGAGUGAGUUGGUGAGAAAAAGCAUGUUUGCCUUGUCGGCAAUGGGAUUGCUGACAACGUUAGAUUUAGAUGUGCUACAAAGUAUCGAUGCAGAUGGGGAUGAUGAGUCAUUGGUCAACAUUUACAAUACCAACGUGGGAGAACUGGACAAUAUAUUUGAAAAUACUACAAAGUAUUUUAUGGAAACAAUAAGCAAGACGAAACAUAUCAUAGGCUCAACCGAAGAUAAUUCUGAUAGUACCAGUUUUGACAAUCCAAAAACUGCUAAAGAAUUACUAGUGUCAAGCAUACUAGUAUUCUCGUAUUUGGGCGUGCACCCACAUAGAUUGUUACCAUUGAUUGAUUUUACACGGGAACAAACAGAUCUAAUUCAGAUAAGUAAAGGCGUUCGAUAUACUAUAAUGAGUUGUGCACCUACUAUUUUGAAGUCUGAUAUGAGUGCUCUUCUAUUUUUUCGUGGGAUUGAAAAAAUGCAAACACCGACAUUUGAGCAAUGCCAAUAUCCCAUAAUUCAAGAUUUGAGAAAUGAUGUUGAUGAGUUUAGUGAUGGAGAAGUGGGACUAGAGGUUUCAGAAGAAUUGUCAAUAAUCAGGGAUGUAAUUGCAAGGUUAAUGAUGUGCAUAAAUGGAUGUAAAUUCUUCAAAUUCCCCAUACCACUAUUCCGUUUCUUGAUGUUAUUUGAUGAUCGUUUUCGAGAUUUCCUAUACAGCAAGCAUAGACUCGCUUUACGAAUUUUAUACGUAUACUCCGCCUUGUGUUCAAUAUCUCGAUUUCAAUUUUAUGAUGAAUGUAAUGUAUGGAAAGAUUAUAUGACUUGGUAUAGGGAUUAUGCUGCUGAAAAUUUUGACAAACACAGAAAUGAGAUGGAUGAAUAUUUGUAUUUUUUGGUUGUGGUUGAGCAUUUUCACUGGGACGAUUUUACGAAUUUUGAUAAAUUUAAUCCCAAAACAGAAUUUGAUAGAGUUGUACAGAAGAGUAAGUACAAAAAACAACCGUUACUUGCUAGUUAG